AUGUCGGCCUACGGAAAAUCUCCCCAGCAGCAGCCGGAGUAUGACACUAGACCUCAGAGCCAGCACUUGCCCAACCCUCAAUCCUCUUAUGGGUCAUAUACUGCCCAGUCCCAUUACACAACACCAUCACAGCAACAACAGCUGGCACACAUCCCUCAUAGCCACUCACAAUCACAACAACAUACCUCAGCUAUAGGUGAAGCUACUUACCCAUCACGGGGGUAUGAGGAGCAUCAGACAGGUCCAUUAAUACCCAGGGUAAUGGGAUAUACUCCUCAGAUUGGAGUUGAAGGAACACCAUUUAGCGUUUUUCUCCACUGCCCCACAGAUUUGACUGCCGACUCUAGACAGUUUAGAUUUAUGUUUGGUUCACGAAGGUGCAACGCUACUAUUCACAAGCACGAAGGGUCCGGGAUGUAUCGAUUGUCCGGCGAGACACCCGCUUUUGCAUUAACGGGCUGGGUCGCUCCUCAAGUUACGGUAUACAUGAACAUGGAGGAUGAGGAAGGGCAAGAGUUGGGGACUGUAGAUGUUGGCACCUUCACAUAUACAGACGCAACAACCCAGCAAUCUUACAGCUCACCGCCUCGAGCAACAAAACUCAAGCGCAAGCUCACGGCUGAACCUGAAGAUUCUACAACUAGGAGCCCCGCAAAGCGUUCCACUCAACCAAUAAGACCAAAGAGUGAGGAUUAUGGUUAUGGAUAUCAGCCUCAAGGACCAGGGCAAUACCCGCCUUACGCGUCCCAUGCAGGUACAGAGAGGGCUUACGGUAUUUAUUCUGGAUAUGAUCAUCCUGAACAAGCAACACACGCCCCUGGAUAUCAACCACAGACAUCACCCCCACGAAAUUAUACCUAUGGUUCAUACUCUACAGACGGGCUUCAACAGUCAGCUACCCAGCCAGGGCAACCAUGGGCCCAGCCAUACCCUGUACAAUCUUCCGGCGCUCAGGCAUCCGCAGUACCACAAUCUGGCAGACCUAUCAGGAAUGAUGGCCCUCCGGACCAACAGCCUCCUUCGUUACCUUCUCCCUCAAACACACCAAAUCCGACACUUAUCAGAACCUCUACUCUUCAGCAAUCAACACAUACUGCUCCUGGAGCAGUUCAAGGAGGACCCAGUGGAACAGGAUCCGGUUUUAACCCAUAUGGAAUAUACCCCCAUAAGGCUCUUCUUGAGAUUCAAGGAGAACUAAACGACAUGGCACAUAACUGGACUUCAGAGGAGUGGGACAAUAGGCGACGGCUGGUGCAGUUUUGGCGACGACAGAAAGGGAGUACGAUCCACACAACCUUCCGCCCUGUUGCACCAAACGAAAGGCAGCCAAAUAGUAUCUGUAUAAGUUGUAUUUGGUGGGCAGAGAAACGAGAAUGCUAUGUCACUAGUGUAGACUGCAUCUACUUGCUGGAAUCUUUGAUCGCUGUCCGAUUCACAGUGGAGGAGAAGAAUAGGAUCCGAAGAAAUUUGGAGGGCUGCAAGCCAUUGACGGUCUCCAAAGCCAAACCUGAUAGCGAGAACUUUUUCAAGCUUAUCAUGGCUUUCCCGAACCCCAAACCUCGCAACAUUGAGAAGGACGUGAAAGUAUUCCCAUGGGCGGUUCUAACACACGCCUUGAAGAAAAUUAUUGGCAAAUAUUCUGCCAGUUACUCUUCCACAGCCUCAGUGAUUCCCGCUGUUCCUGGAGGCUCUGCAUACCCUGGGGGACCAGGUGAAUCCACAAAAUCAGGCCCUUCUGAUGCCCCACCAUCGCGUGUGCCUUCGCCCCCAUCUGCAACAGAUUCCAAGUCGUCUGCAGGCCCUUCAGCCUCGAUAACUGGCACUGCUGGCCCGCCUUCCCUAAAGCAACCACCUUUGACGACUUCACCGCCAAUACAGCGCACUAGUGGUCAGGAUUUGCAACCUCACACGGCUCUCCCGCCACCUUCGAGUCAGCAUGGCAACAUGUGGCAUGCGCAGCAACCGCUUGCCCCACCUACAACUGGACAACGCAAUUGGGAUAUGGCAGCUUACCUUGAAGCUAAUCCCACAGCAAACCCUGCAGGAGCACAGGUUGUCCACUACUCACAUGGUCCAAUAACAUCCGAAGACAGGGAACCAGUUUCUGGAAGUGGGCCACCAGUGCAGCUACCAAGUGAUGUUAACGUUCCUUGA